AUGGGGUCUGAAGAUAAACAUGGUGAGCAAUCCCUUGGUAUAGGCCUUAAGGUCAUGCUAACAGCAGCUUUCUCUUUAUUUGGUAUGAUAUUAUUCAUCAUCACCUUCUAUUUUUGUCUAAAACAUCACAUUAGACGCCAACAAAGACGACGCCAAAACGACCUUGUUUAUCAAAUCAGCACUCAAAUUGCACCAAUUGAUGUGAGUUCUGUGGAGUCACCCAACUCUGGCCUAAACCCUUUGAUCAUAGCCUCUUUGCCUAAACUCUUGUACAAGCAAACGGAUCAGUUCAAUGAAGGCGAAGUUAUAGAGUGCUCGGUUUGCUUAGGAACUAUUGUUGAAGAUGCAAUUACUAGGGUACUACCAAAUUGUAAGCACAUUUUUCAUGUUGAUUGUGUUGAUAAAUGGUUUAGUUCUAACACCACAUGCCCAAUUUGCCGCACUAUGGUUGAACCAAAGGUGCAGGCAGCGCAUGAUCAUUUAGCCAUACGGGUCCAUCAAGUCCAACCCACAGCACCAUCGGUUGACGGUGGUGAUGAUGCCCAAGAUGGUAAUGAAUUGGAGGUUGGGUGUUCGGGUUUGAGAAUAGGAUCUUUUCAUAGGUUGGUUAGUAAUAGGGAAAGGUCAGUGAGAAGGACUCAUAGCUCUGAUGAGUUUGCCGUAGAAUAUAUGGAAAGGCACUAA